GGGAAGUAACAACAUUCGCUUCCUGUUCGAUGACCUAACAAUGUUUGAGCUUGAAACAUAAUGGAAUAGUAAAUGUGUGGAAACGAGCAAAGCACAAUGGACAAAUCAUUGAUGGCACAAUGUGAUUUGAUGAUAGGGAUUUAUAUUUAACCCAAAUGGAAAGCAAAAUGGACGGUAUAUUGCUGUUAUUUUGUGUUGAAAUAUAAACAACAUGGCCGCCGCGAUGGCGACAUUUCUUUGAAAUUUAUAUUUUCAUGGUAACGAUUCAUGAUUUAUAUGUGAAUGGAUAUAAGCGCGAAACAAAUGUAUUCACAAACUGCAUUGUCUAUAAUUGCAUCGUUGGAAUUAAUUGUAUUCGUAAAUUCGUUCAACAAUGGAAGAGGUCUUGCAAGUUUCCGAAUCUCAAGCUGUUCAGGAACCAACAAGUAAAAAUGGGUCAACGGAAAAAAGUGAGAAAGAGUCAAAUUUGGAGUUAAAAACACUCCAAGAAAGUAGCUCACAGGAAAAUGGUUGUCAUUUGAACAGCAAAAAAUCACCAGGAUGUGACACUAGUGAAAUAAAAAUGGAGGUAACAAAACCCACAGCAGAUUCAGCUGCUGUGGAAAUGCAGGGCAAAUCAAAACCACAUCAGAAUGGGCCAACAGAAAAAGAAAAACCUCCAGUUUCAUGUUCACACUCUGAAAGCCCUCUUAAAACUGAAAUGCAGGUAACACAGCCUGAAAAAAUUGUCCCCAAAAGUGAGAUUCAGCCAAUUAAAAGUGAAAGCUCAAAUUCAGUGUCUUCUAAGAAUGGAAAUGUGACUACUUGUGGCCCUUUUAUGAGUAGCAUUGAUGCUGUUAUAAAUUCUGUUGCUCACAAUAUACCCCCAGAUGAACCUAGUGAUCUUGAUUCAAAUAAUAGUGCUAAAGGUACAGCAGGUGAUUCUCGAGCUGUACAGAGUUAUGGUCAUUCAUCCCACUAUAUGCAUCAGACAAAUCCGAAACAAACUCAAGUUCCACAUACAAACUAUGGUGAUAGAACAGUAAAUCAACCAUACAAUCCUCAAAUGUAUCCUCACAUGAAGGGUCAAACAAUACCAGCUAGUGCAAAUUAUGGGAUUUCAAAUAAUCCUCAUCAUGCUAGUGCUUCUGAACAGCUAAGUAGUUUAGUGAAAUCUCAUGGUUUGGAUACUGGUAGUGAACAUACACCAAAUGAUCAACAGCCAUCAGGACAUCAUCCAGGUAUCAGGCCAGAGAUGCACCCGAAUAUUCCUCCUUCUUCAGUGUAUAAUCAUCAACCAAUGUACAGACCUAUGUUUGACCCAAAUUCAGGCAUGCCCAUGCACCCACCAGGACCUGGAGACAUGCAUCAGCAGAGGGCACCUAGUGCGCUUGUCAGACCACAUAAUGAAAUCCCAAGUAGCCAAGACACCAAACAGCCACGAAUUCCACAAAAAGGAGGAACAAAGCGGCAGCAGAGGCCACAUCAGCUUCAGCAAGAAAUACCACAGGGUAUGAGACCACGAAUGAUGCCUGACCAGUUCAACAGAGGUGUACGUCCCAUGUCCAUGAUUGAUCCAAGACUGAUGUCGACCUACUUUAGCCCAGAAAACAUAAGGAUGUUGCAAAUGCGGUACCCUGAUCCUCGUAUGAUGCCUCCACAGUUACUCCAACAAAUGCAGGUGUUUGCAAGAAUGCAUCAAGCACAGCAACAGGCCCAACAGCAGGCUGUCCGCGCAUCACACCCCCCUUCAUCCCAACCCACAGGUGUAAGUGUAGCUCCUGGCGGGCAACAACAACCUCAAGGGUUACCUUCCCAGUCUCAAGCCAGUAUGAUACCUAGUCAACCGAUGAGUGUUGAGGGCUCUCAACCAGCUAAUUCUUCUGCACAGAAACAACCACAUCAUCCCAUCCCCCCUCACCCAGGCCAGCCCUACCCGCAUGUUCCAUUGUCUCAUCAUCCACACGAACCAGGGAAACAGGGCCUAGGUCCUCAUGCUCAGGAGUUUGUGACUUCUAGAAGCAAUCCUAUGGACAUGAACUCAAACAGUACAAAUGGCACAGAGUUGCAGAGCCAGUCCGGAGUACAGACUGCACUUGCAUCAACAUCUGCCCCCCAUUUACCAAAUGAUGUUAUGAAUCGCCCCCUGUCUAGUGGUAGGCCUCCGUCUGCCGGUCGACCUCCUUCAGCAGGUAGGCCCCCAUCUGUAGGCAGGCCCCCAUCAGCAAAUAGACCUCCCUCGGUCGGUCGACCUACAUCUACUGAACCACCCCUUAACAGACCCCCCUCUGUGAGUCGUCCUCCAUCAAGUAACAGUCGUCCGCCCUCUGCUGAUCCCUCAAGCCGGCCUUCGUCAGUGAGUCGUAGUCCAUCUACCCCACAAUACGAGGCUGUUCCUCCUUUAUUUGGAUACCCUGUGUCCUCUUCAGAGUCAACAUAUUCUGGUACAGAUAAAUCCUCAGUUCCUACAACCAGUACUUUAUCCUCCCAAAUGGAAUCAGCUGCUAGUAUGCAGUCUUUUUCAACCUCAUCUAGUCAACCAUCACCUGCAACACCCACUGUAACACAAACACCUUACACUGGAGAGGCUUCUCAUGAGGGGGCUCCAGAGGGGGAACAACAGAAAACUGCCCAGAAGAGGUCUGCUGCACCGCCCCAUUCUUCCACUACAUCUGCUGCUCCUAACAUGCCUUCUCCAUUCGGACCUCCAACAUCCAUGGCACCUAUACCCCAGGGCUACGUACAGACACCAUUUGGCAUGCUGCCUCACCACUCUCCUGGGAUAACUCAAGGUGUGCCUUUCUCAGGAAUGGAUGGACAUAGGAUGAUGUCUCCACACAUGCGCAUGCCUGGGUUUCCAACCCAGGGGUUCCCAAUGCCACCUCACAUGCAGAGACUCCCCCCUCCCCACGGAGGCCCUCUGUCUCCUAACUCUAUGCAAGCUAUGGCUUCUCUAGCUCAAAGAAUGCAGGGUCCACCGGUCAGUGGUCAGAAUGUCCGACCAGGAAUGCCCCCCAAUUUGCCAGGGAUGGGACAACGUGGCAUGACUCCGGGAAUGCCCCCUGUCUCCAUGGAUGGUGCACAAGCAUACAAUUACAAUUAUAGAAUGCCAUUUGGUAUUGGUCCCCAUCAAAGACCCCCAGGAGGCCCCACACCUGAACAUCCUCCUAGAGGUCCUAGAGCUAAAGGACCACGCCCACCUCGUCCUAUGGCACCACUUCAUAUGCCUCCUAACAUGCCACCUAACUCGGAGCAUGGUCUGAUCUCCCCCGGACAAUCUAUGCCAGGAAUGAUGCCUGGUCAGCAUGGAAAUCUGCCGACAGAUCCCAACAUGCAAAGUGUACAUUCCCAGGGGCGUCCCCCUAGUAUAGGAACAGGACCGCAGCCCUCUCCCCUUGACAGCUCUUCACCUAGUCCCAAGGUACCGGCAACACCUCCAGCCAAUGUGGAUCAAGCCCACCUGGAUGAAAUGAUUCAAAAUACUCAAGUCAAACAUGAACCAAUAGACCCUAGCAUAAAAACAGAGAUGACUCAAGAACAACACAAUGCACUCUUAAAACAGCUUUUGGGAAAGAAUUUGAAGGUAAACCCAGAGGAUACUGAAGAUUCAGUUCCAUUAAUAUCGAAAUUGACACCAGAGCAACAGAAACAGUUAGAACUUAUUGAGAACAUGCCACUAGUGAUGGAACAUGAGGCCAAAACACCAGAAGAGAAGGAAAGAUUACUGGCUUUAACAGAACUAAAGAAGCAAGCUUACGAGCAGAGGAGGAAAGAAUAUGAACAACUGCGGAAGCAGAAGCGCAAGCAGCAGAAUGCUGAAAACAAGAAGAGAAAGCGGAAAGAGAAGGAAGCGGAGGCUGCCCUGAUGGUGGAUCCCAGUCAGCCUGCACCUCCUGCCAAGAAAAGGCCACGUAAAAAGAAGCCUGACUCCCUGGAGGAGGACCUUGAUGCCAAGGCCAGCCACUUCAUCCAGAUGCUGGGAACCCUCCCCACAGUCCCGCUGGAGGAACCCAGGGUGGGGAAUUUCUUCUCAGUUUUAAAUGUGCCUGGAAGUCCGAAUGUAAUCACAGGAGAAAACUGUCUGAAAGGAAAUUUUGGAAACAGUUAUCUGGAGGGUGUAGCUGACUUUUAUGGAAAUACUCUGUUACAUGGAUUGCAUCCUCUCGGGUCCUUUGUCCGAUUGCCCAAGCCACGAGAUAUUGAGUCCAGGAGACAAUUCAUUAGAGGGGGACAAGAAGAGAGCGGGCCAGAUCUUCACACUGACCAGCAGAGGUACCAUCUGAACUCGGACAGAUUGCCGAUUCCUGGUCCCCCAUUUGGAUUGCCUGGCCUGCCACCAUUCUUUGGCAGGGGAGAAAAACCUCCUGUUCCCUCUUUACCUCCAUCUCCACGCAUAGAACCAAGAUUGGAUUAUUUGAAGGGAAGUGAUAGCCCUUGCACAGUGAUUUCCUCCUCCUCACCCGAGCAUGAGUUUGGCGACUUGGAUGAGGAGUUCCCCAUGUUGAAACCCAUAGAGCCAGCCUCUGCUGCUGACGACAGAUCUUCACCCCUGGUUCCUAUCCUACAACCAGUUGCCGUCAAAUCAGUGCCAUUGAAGCUUAAGGAGGAACCGGCUAUCCAGAUGAAGUCGGAACCCAAAGACAAGGUCAAGGCCGUUACCGACACUGACCUCACACAGAAGAAACUGACUAUGUCUGAUAAACAUGAAAAUGGAAAACUGCCUCCCAACCUGUCAGCUUUAACAAGACCUUUCCAAAAUGCUAAUCUAAAUCAGGACAUUUCUGUAACUCUUACUCUGUCUGCUAAUGCUGCAGAUGACAUUGGAGGAGUCCUUUCUCAGAUUGCAGAGCUGCUAAAAAUAGCAGUGCCCCCUUCUUAUGAAGUUGGCAGUCGGAGUCCAUCACCUGAACAAGGGAAAAUCAACUCCAAACAUUUGGAGGAUAAGGUCAAUGUACAGAACCUGAUUAAAUCCAAAGCCAAGUUCUGUCGACUGUGUGAUUCCUUUGUAUAUGACUCAGGAUUCAGGAAAAGGAAAUGUGAUAUACCAUUCUUAGCAAAGGAGGAUUACUUUAGUAUCAAGGACUUUGAUGAUGAAGAAGUGACAUUUUGUACAGAGAAAUGCUAUACUAAAUUUGCCACGGUCUAUCAAGAAAUCAACAAGCCUCCCCCGGAGGACCCCAUGAGAAACUUGACCCUGUCAAAGCAUCACUCCUCAGACUUUAGUCCCAGAAGCUUAGGAAGUCACACUCCCACCACCCCCACCAAAAGUGACUCCACCCUCACUCUCACCCCCACCACACCUAACUCUGGGGGAGCCCUCACCCCAGUUCAGCCCAGUCCCCCAAUCAAAUCUCGCCUGGAGGAUAAAAUCAGCAAAAAGCAUCGAAGGACUGCCAGUAUUGAUGCCCCAGUUCCCAAGCCUCUUAUUAAGAAGCACAAGAACGUGAGGUAUAGGCGUUGGGAUCAAGCAUUUACUGACUCUCUGCCCCAGGAACCUGGAGUACCAGACAAAGAAAUACAGAAUCUGUGGAAAGCCCUUGGAACAAUCAUUGUGCCAAAGACUCUACCCGAGGACACCAGGAAGUGUUUGUUUUGUCAGCAGCAGGGGGAUGGGGAGACGGACGGCCCUGGGAGACUGCUGAACAUGGAUAUAGACAGCUAUGCCCAUCUGAACUGUGCCCUGUGGUCGUCGGAGGUGUACGAGACUCUGAAUGGGGCCCUGAUGAAUGUGGACAGUGCUUACAAGCGGGGGCUUAAGAUUGAGUGUACUGCUUGUGGCAUCAAGGGGGCCACAGUGGGUUGCUUUAACAAUCGGUGUCCAAAGUAUUAUCAUCUUGGUUGUGCUAAAAAAGUGGGAUGCAUGUUCUUUCAAGAUAAGACAAUCCUAUGUCCCUCCCAUGCUGCCAAACAAGGAGCAGAGAAUGUCCUGGAAUCACUGUCCGUCUUCAGGCGGGUCUAUAUCAACAGGAGCGAGGACAAACAAGUGGCAAAUAUGGUGCAUGGACAAGAGGAGGGACAUUACAUCCUGCGUAUUGGUUCCCUGACUCUACACAGUGUGGGACAGCUGCUACCUCACCAGUUACAGACCGGCAAAUUCCACACAAGGGACUGCAUCUAUCCUGUUGGGUAUAAAUCUAGUCGUUAUUACUGGAGCAUGAAACGGUUGAACAAGAGAUGCAGAUAUGUGUGCAGCAUCGUGGAUAAUGAGGGUCAGCCUGGCUUUAAGAUACGGAUUGUGGAGCCGGGAGAGGAAGAUGUUGUCCUAUUAGACGUUUCACCAAAAGCUGUGUGGAACAAAGUCCUGGAGCCACUGGAUAAACUCCGGCGGAAUGCAGAUUUGGUGAAAAUUUUCCCAUCCUUCACAAGUGGGGAGGAACUGUUUGGUUUAACAGAGCAAGCCAUUGUUAGAGUCCUUGAAUCACUUCCUGGCACAGAUCUGCUGACAAACUACAACUUUAAAUUCCCUCGCUCUCUGAGGAUUGAGAUGCCCCUGACUAUCAACCCCACAGGGUGUGCACGCACAGAGCCAAAACUGAGGACUCAUUUCAGAAAACCCCAUACCCUCCAAUCUGCCAACACCUCACGCUCCCUCCCUCAGACUGUGACAGGGGUCUCAGGAGAUAUCAAUUCUCCCUACAUGAAACAAUUUGUUCAUUCCAAGUCGGCACAGUAUAGGAAACUUAAGACCGAAUGGAGGACAAAUGUUUUUCUAGGGCGGUCCAGAAUCCAGGGUCUGGGAUUAUUUGCUGCCCGUGACUUGGAGAAACACACAAUGGUGAUUGAGUACAUUGGAUAUCUCAUCAGGAAUGAAGUGGCAAACAGAACAGAAGUUGUGUAUGAGGAGCAGAAUCGAGGAGUGUACAUGUUCCGCAUUGACAAUGAGACGGUAGUGGAUGCUACCAUGGCCGGCGGCCCUGCACGGUACAUCAACCACUCCUGUAAUCCCAACUGUGUGGCAGAGGUUGUACCAUUCGAUAAGGAGAGUAAGAUCAUCAUCAUCACUAACAGGCGCAUCCCAAGAGGGGAAGAGCUGACUUAUGACUACAAGUUUGACUUUGAGGAUGAGCAGCACAAGAUUCCUUGUUGUUGUGGAGCACCAGGCUGCAGGAAGUGGAUGAACUGACCAAAUAAACAAUCAGUCUCUGAAGACUAAUCAGUCACUUUAGCCAGUGAUGAUGUUCAGUGGAUGAACUGAAAAGUCAUUCCACCAACUGGAUCAUUGUGGUUCUGGAUGUUUGGUCAGUAAUGAACUCCAUAUCGAACUGGAGAUUUUGGAUAUUGGAAGGGUUCCUUUGUGAAUUCUGUGUAUUUCUCAGAAAUUGUUGUAGGCAAGAUAAACUGAAUGCUAGAAGCUUGAUACACAACAAUGAAGGAGAUACAAGUGUGAUAUACAAGUUGGCAGGAUAAAAUGAAAGCUCUGUGAUGAUUCUACAGUCAGCGUCCCUGGAUGGGAUGAAGGAGACUCAGAUUUGCCAUGUAAACUCAGAAGGAGGUUCGCAGAUCUCCUAGAGCUUUGACAAGUCUGUUUGUGAAAUAUGUAUGUUAUUGAUACAUUUUGCUGGAAAUUGAGGAGAUAUUCCUCAAGUGUGUGUGAUAUCCUUUUUUCACAGGAAUGUUGAAGAGUGCAAUUGAUUUUAUAUGUAUAAUAUUAAUCACAAAAUGAAAUCAACUUUGUUUUGUAUGAUGCUAUAAAUAGUAUUAUAAAUUUGUACAAAUGAUUGAUUCCAUAUCCCUUAUGCAAGUUGUGUAAACAAAAACAAUUGUUUAUCAAACAGCUUUUUUUUAUCUCCUUUAAUGUGAUUUCACAUUAAUUUUAAUGUUAGUGGUCAGACAUUGAGAUUGUUGAUGAUCUUUUUUCACAUAAAAAGACUCAGAUUAACUGAUGCUUAGUAUUAACCAAGCAUAAUAAGGUGUGAUUAGGUUUUGUGCAUGUCAUAAAUCAGUCUACAGACAUGAAUGUGUCUGUCCAAAAAUGCACCGAAAUAGGUAGAAUUAGGAGAAAUUGCACUGUACAAACUUUAAGCACUAUUAGGCAUUGGCAGUCAAACUAAUGGAAGUUUAAGAGCACAUUUAGUGGAGAAGACUGAUUUUGGACUGUACUGUAAUUGUGGACUACCUCAGGAAGUUGACAUUUUUUUGUACAAUACAUCAUAAUGGAAAUCCCAAACUUAAAGAAGUGCUGUUUUUGCCUGUAUUUAACUUUCAUCUGUAUAUAAAGUUCAUCACCUUCUCUGCGAAACAAUGGCUGCUGGGGUCAUUCUGACGAAGAUGAGGUACACGGGAGAAUGUCCUAGCUCUGCAUUCCAUGGAGGAGUGAAACGUUGCUCGGGAGGCCUCUUGAGGACGGACAUUCUUCUGUGCUUGAAAGUUGUGUGUUAGUGACGUAUGUGGCCUUUUAACGAUCUCACCAGCACUAGGCAGCAUGGCUGUUAUAUGUAAAUUAUAUGUAAAUCGUAUGUAAAUUUUCGUGUAUUAGCUUGUAAAUUUCAAGGUUUAUAAAUUAAAAUCUUGUGUACAUGUAUAUUAUUAUUUCAAAACCAAUAUUCAAUACUACUUGAGUAUGCAUAACUUACUCGCAUCAUUUCACAUUAUAGAUUUAUAUAUAUAUAUAUAUAUAUAUAUACCAUACUAGAAUAUAGCCAGUCUUCAUAUUUGCUAGGAAAAAGAAUUAUUGAUAAUAAUUAUAUACUGUAUUAGCCUUUUCUUGUACAUUUGUGAUCUUUGAUAGACUUUUGACUUGUUGAGUAAUUUAAUCAUGCCCCCUUUUAUUAAUCUUUUACAUCAUGUUUUCUAUAUAUACCAAUGUUUACUUCCCUGGUUGGUGUUUGUUUUUGCUUUUGGUUGAUAUGUGUAGAAUUUUUUGGUAGUAUGUAGUGAACAGUUUGAACACUUCUUGGUUCAACUCUAGCUUAGCAUUUUACAUCCUUUCUCACACUCUUUCUCUUCACUAUAGUUGUUGUCAUCAAAUGAACUUCUUUUUUAUCAAUGGAAAGGUAGCACCACACAGAUCUGAAGAUAAAAGUAAACAGAACUGUCCCACUCUUGGUUUGGUAAUUGGUAUAUUCUGAACUACAAUAUUUUACAUUUGUCAAAAUUUCAUAAUUACUAGAUGUCUAAUAACCAGUGUAUGUUGAUGAAGAGUAAAUCAAACUCUGAUGGUUUUUUUUUUCCUGUUUGCAUUUAUGAAAGACCUUGUAUCUAAAACUGUGUCAGUAAUUGUCCAUUUUUGGCUUGGCGUGUUUUGUCUGUGUUUGUUACUGAUCAUCAGAGAUUAUAUUGUACAGACUUUGUUUGUGGUAGUGUCAUGUCUUAUCUAUAUGGAGUAGUCUAUCUUGUUAUAUUUGUUAUCCAUAGAUUAUAUAUAGAGAUGUGUUAACAGUGGCAUACGUCUACAAAUUCAAACAUCAGAGUGUUUUCUCCGUCUCUCUCAAUCAGUACCCCCACUAUGAAAUUUAUAGACUGAUUUUUAGUUUUGUGAUUUGUGUACUCUGUUGAAAUUUAAGUUAUGCAGUUAUGAAUACAAUUUGAUUCAUGAUCAUUUUUGAACACAUAUUUAUUCCUUUUUCUGAAGAUAUAAAAUGUAGAUAUGGACAGUCUCGAAACUGUUGUGUUUUCCAGCUACGCUGUUUUAUAAUAAUGAGCUAUAGUUGUACUCAUAGCGAGUUUGUCAGAUGGAGCCUGCUGUAUUGUUUUAUUUAUAUUCUACCAUUUAUUUCUCCCAUCGCGUGUACAUUAUCUCAUUACUCUCCAUUUAGACUGGGAAGGAGAACGGGAGAUUUUCGUCAUUUCUUCUAAUUUAAUCUAUACAGCAAUAAAACAAGUUUUAUACGGGAAGAAUCACACAUGUUUUGUGCAAAUAUAGAAUUGUCAUGAA